AUGUCGACGCAUGCAACGCGGAAGCGCGCCCGAACGUCCUUGAACGAUACUUCCGACGAUCAGGACGACACGGUGACACGGGUGCAUAUUGCCCCUCGAUCACCACGCAAGCGCGACGAGGAAUUUUGGUGUAGCGACGGCAACAUCAUACUGGUCGCCGGCGACGUCGAAUUCCGCGUCUACAAGGGCAUUCUCUCCGAACACUCACCCGUGUUUCGAGACAUGUUCUCUCUACCCCAGCCUCCCGUAGCAGCCUCAUCCACUUCGAGCUCCGCAGACGACACUUGCCCCGUGGUCCAUCUAUCCGACUCCUCCGAAGAUGUGCGGCAUGUCCUGCGUGCCUAUAUGCCCAGAGGCGACCCCAGCAUGUUCUUCCCGACCGCUCCAACAUACUCGUACGAGAUGAUCUCGGCGGCGAUCCGCCUCGGCCACAAGUACGAAAUGUCGGCACUGCUCGACCGCGCGCUCAGUUAUCUCAAGAAAUACUACACCAACGACUUCGCCACAUGGGAAAGCUACAACGACUACGGGCCCCCCGGAUUCAAAUGCUGGCAACACGCGAUCGGCGUCGUCAACCUCGCGCGCCUGACGGGCGAGACCAGCAUUCUGCCGACUGCGCUGUUCAUCUGCUGCAUGAUCGGCAGCGACCUCGUCUACGGCUUCACGAACGCGGACGGCACGCAGGAGCGGCUCAGCCUGGACGACCUCGCCUUGUGCGUCACCGCGAAGGACCGGCUCGUGAAGGAGUCGAUGCGGAUCGCGUUCCGCAUCUUUCGCCCCACGCUGUCCGACACGUGCAAGAGCCCCGCGUUCUGCAUGGAGGUGUUCAAGCGGCUCUUCGGGAAGCUGGACACGCAUGUGGAUGCGCUCGUCACCCCGGACCCGCUCACGGGUUCGUUCUGGGUCGUGUUUGGGGAGGACACACCGUGUAAGGCCUGUGAGGCAAUGGUCAAAGCGCGCGAUUUGCGCGAGAGGAAAGCGAUCUGGGAGAAGCUGCCGGAUAUCUUUGGUCUAAAAUUGGAAGCCCCUGCUGCCUAG